GGAUGGUUUCCAAUAUAUGUUUACAUACAAAAGAAGCAUUCUCUCUGUCACGAUAAUCCCCACCAACUCUCUCCCUCUACAAAAUCCUCCCUUUGCUUUCUCUCUCCAGGGUUUGUGACAAAGAUGCAUACUUUUCUUCGUCAACAAAGGUUUUGAGAUUCAAACAGAUCAAGGUGUUUUUAGUGAAUUGGCUGAGGUCAUUAUAAAUGGAGAUCCGUAUGGAUUUCUUGAAUUGUCUUGACCAUGACACAUCAAUGAAGAUUCUCAGGUGUUUGGAAGAUCCAUCUGAUCUUGUCCGUGCUAGUUAUGUCUCUCGUUCUUGGCGAGAUUUUGUGAUUGCAAAUGGUCUUUGUAAGCAGCUGUGCUUGAGUAUGUUUCCUCACUUGCUUAGAGUUGAUUGUGUAAUUGAACCUAGUUGUGUUAUGGAAAAAGCUUCAGAAGUCGGAUGUAGCAAAUUUGUGGAAUGGGAAACUCUGAAGAGGGAGCAUAAAGCAUAUGCAUUUCUAGCUCAAGCGUGCUUGUCAUUUCCUUUUGAUGAUUGCAUUAAGGAUGCAAUAAGUGCUUCUAGCACUGAUAAUUAUCCAGAGGAAAGCAUUCGUAACACUCUGCGAAAAGGGGACCGUGUUGGAAGGAGACCUUCGUACUGGUCAAGUAAAGGACAGCGCAAGGCUGCAGUACCUGAGACACUAGUGUAUAAACUGGUUGCUGAUAUUUGCGUUAUUACUGAAAUUAAUAUACAACCUUUUCAAGCUUAUUUUCAGCAGGGUUCACCUAUAUAUUCGGCAGAAUCUGUGCAGUUUCAUUUGGGUCAUCCCAAGUGCCCAAUGGAUGACACUUUGGGUGAACCAUUGGAUAACUGUGCUGAUGACAAGUUCAUAUGGACUUACUCUUCACCAGAGUUUCCAAUGGCCCAGGAGAGCAGCUUGCAGAACUUCAAGCUUCCAGAACCUGUUGUUUGCAUUGGUGGAAUUUUGCAGAUUGAGCUGUUGAGAAGGGUUCAGAGGCAAGAAAUGGAUGGCUUAUUCUAUAUAUGCGUGGCUCAUGUUCAAGUUAAAGGCAGGCCAUUAUCAUCAGCAUUUGGUGUUGAAAUCCUUGGACCUUCUGGAAAGUUUGUAUUGAAAACCCUGAGUAGUGCACCACAAAGUUCACUACCACCAAGUUUACCUGAAGAUGAUGCCUUAUAUCAUGGUGUGCCCUUGCAAGCACUUGCUGAUUUGGAGCAGGUUGUGAAUGGGUUGGGGGUCGGAGUGCUGGAUGAAGAUUGGAACUCGGAAGAUGAUGAAGCGGCCGAUGAAAUGGAUGAUGAGUUAGCUUUCUAGGCCUGUUACCUAUAAUAAUUAUGACCUUUCUUUGUUUAUUUUACCAGACCUCUAUGAAUUUGGGCUGAAUAACAAGUUGGUGUCCUGAUCUCUCAAAAGCCAGAGUGACUACGCUGGAAACCUUCCAAGCUCUUUCUGCCAAGGUGGUGUAUAAGCCAAUGUAUAUUCUAGAUAAAAUAUGGGUCUUUUAUUAAA